AUGAAAGACUACCAACGAGAGUUUAUUGAAUUCGCCCUUGCUAAUGACGUUCUCAAGUUCGGCACCUACACGCUCAAGUCUGGACGUGUUUCUCCCUACUUUUUCAAUGCUGGUCUCUUCAACAGUGGUAAGACUUUGGGUGCCAUUGGUCGGUUCUAUGCUGCUGCCUUGAUCGAUGCUGGUUUUCCCUAUGAUGUUCUCUUUGGUCCUGCCUACAAGGGUAUCCCAUUGGUGUGCGCUACUGCACUCUCGUUAUCAUCCGAGCAUCAACAAGAAGCACCUUUUGCUUUCAACCGUAAAGAAAAGAAGGAUCACGGUGAAGGUGGCAACAUUGUCGGUACCCCUUUGAAGGGCAAGGUCGUUGUCGUGGAUGAUGUGAUUACUGCUGGAACUGCUAUCAACGAAUCGAUCCAAAUCAUUAAGCAAAGCAAUGCCGAAUUGAAGGGUGUUUUGGUUGCAGUCGAUCGUGCCGAAGUUGCUCCUGAUGGUUCCGGCAAAUCAGCUAUUCAAGCCAUUGAAGAGGCUAACAACAUCCAAAUCCGUGCUAUCAUCACUGUGGAUCACAUUAUGGAAUAUAUGGAAGAAAAGGGCACUUAUACGGAACAUUUGAAGAUGAUGCGUGAAUACAAGGCCCAAUAUGGUAUUAAGAAAUAA